AAAGAAGAUUGGGAGGUCACCAGUCAGCUUACACACUAAGUUGGUUUCUGUACUUUCUUGACUCAGUGCUCUUUGAUUUUUUUUCGUCAUUUCUGGAGCCUUUGUCUUUUUUUGGCUGAAUUAACACAUUCCUGUGAUAUCUUGUGUAUCUAACUGCUAUAUUUGGACGAGUGGAAAAACUUUUGUCCUUCGUUCACCUUGGCUGGCGGGGUGCAGUCGAUCCCUGGACUUGCUGGUUGAGUGUCAUGCUAGCUACACACUUUGAUUUGCAAUGCCCUCCGCUGUGGUUGUUUUUCACUGCAUGGGCUAUAGGAAGCUCGUUCCCUGGUUGCUAGGGCAACCAAAGAGGAUGGCCCCCAGCAGGAGCCGGGGAAGCCUUGGGCUGCCUUUUAGCUUGUUGUUGUGCGGCAUGCCUGCUGGCCUGCUGCUGGCUGGGAGGAGGAGCCAACUUUGCAGAGGAGCCUCUCCCGGGCUGCUAUGGGUCCUGCCGUCCCAUUACCCCACCAUGAGACAGAGCUCCAGUAGCAGGGCUAAAACUCCUCUCUCCCUCUGCUGGCAACUACACAGCUCUGACUCGCUCUGCUCCAGUAGUAACUGGAGCUCAGACAGCAAGAUGUCAUCCUCCUCCUCCUCCUCCUCCUCCUCCAACGAUGGACAAGGGAAGCCUAAACCUAAAUCCCCGUUUCACAAGAGGGGAAGCCUGCAGAGCACCACCAGCCCCGAUUUGUACGCUGCAUCUGGGCCCAAACCCCUGAAGACCCAGCGAUCCCUCCCUGGGACGCCUGUUUCUCUCUCACACUACCCAAUUGACCUGCGAACAUCAAUGGAGGAAAAGUACAAAGAGAUUGCAGAGGAGCUGUUCACACGCAGCAUGACAGAGAGCGAGAUGCGGACUGCUCCUUAUGAGUUCCCGGAGGACAGCCCCAUCGAACAGCUGGAAGAACGCCGGCACCGCCUGGAGAGGCAAAUCAGUCAGGACAUUAAGCUUGAGCCAGAGAUCUUGCUCCGCGCCAAACAGGACUUCAUGAAAAUCGACAGUGCUGCAGACCUAGAGUUAAUGAAAGAGAAGAGUGUGGACACUGUGGUUGAUGGCUUUAAGGCGAGAGAUAUGCCCAUGGAGAGAGAGUACCAGCGGGUCUCAAUAUCUGGAGAAGAAAAGUGUGGGGUGCCCUUCACUGACCUGGUAGAUGCUGCUAAGUGUGUGGUGAAGGCAUUAUUCAUCCGGGAGAAGUACAUAAACCGUUCCAUGCAGAGCUUUUGUAAAACCACAGCUCACGCCAUGCAGGAACUUGGGGUUAAGCCUCUGGAGCUGCGAGUCUACGAUGAUAUUCCAGAGACGCCUGUAGAUGCUGACGCCCCUGUGCACCCACCUGUUUCAAAAACCCACCCCUAUGACAAUCAGGACCCCAAGAAUAUGCCAGCAGACACAGGAUAUGGGUGCAAGAUGGUGGAUGGAGUCGUCCACGUCUACACCAAGAAAAGCAACAUGGUCAAAGGUGCAGAACUUGACCUGCCUUAUCCUGACCUGAAGGAGUACAUUGCAGACAUGAAUGUGAUGAUGGCUCUAAUCAUCAACGGACCAGUGAAGUCGUUCUGCUACCGGCGCCUGCAGUAUCUGAGCUCUAAAUUUCAGAUGCACAUCCUCCUGAAUGAGAUGAAGGAGCUGGCAGCUCAGAAGAAAGUCCCUCAUAGAGACUUCUACAACAUAAGAAAGGUGGACACACAUAUACAUGCAUCUUCCUGCAUGAACCAGAAGCACCUGCUGCGCUUCAUCAAAAGAGCCAUGAAGAAAUACCCGGAGGAGAUCGUUCACAUAGAGCGCGGCCGUGGUCAGACCCUCAAGGAGGUUUUUGAGAGCAUGAACCUGACAGCGUUUGAUCUGAGUGUGGACACACUCGACAUGCACGCGGACCGUAACACGUUUCACCGGUUCGACAAGUUCAACGCUAAAUACAACCCCAUCGGAGAAUCCAUCCUGAGAGAGAUCUUCAUCAAGACCGACAACCACAUAGAAGGAAAAUACUUUGCACACAUAGUUAAGGAGGUGAUGUAUGACUUGGAGGAAAGUAAGUAUCAGAACUCCGAGCUACGUCUGUCUAUCUACGGUCGCUCCCGGGACGAAUGGGACAAGCUGGCUCAGUGGGCUGUCAAACACAGAGUGUACUCUGAUAAUGUGCGCUGGCUCGUCCAGGUCCCCCGCCUGUUUGAUGUGUACCACACAAAGAAGCAGCUGGCAAAUUUCCAGGAGAUGUUGGAGAAUAUCUUCAUGCCUCUGUUUGAAGUCAGCAUCGACCCCCGCAGUCACCCUGAGCUGCAUCUCUUCCUGCAGCAUGUGGUGGGUUUUGACAGCGUGGAUGAUGAGUCCAAACCCGAGCACCACAUUUUUAAUCUUGACAGUCCACUUCCAGCUAACUGGACAGAAGAAGAUAACCCACCUUACUCCUACUACCUCUACUACACCUAUGCCAACAUGACCGUACUCAACCACCUGCGAAGACGGCGUGGCUUCCAUACGUUUGUGCUUCGUCCUCACUGUGGGGAAGCAGGGCCCAUCCACCACCUGGUGUCAGGUUUCAUGUUGUCAGAGAACAUCUCCCACGGGCUGCUGCUGAGAAAGGCUCCAGUGCUGCAGUAUCUGUACUACCUGGCUCAAAUUGGCAUCGCCAUGUCACCGCUGAGCAACAAUAGUCUUUUCCUCAGUUACCAUCGCAAUCCACUCAUGGAGUAUCUGUCCCGAGGCCUCAUGGUUUCUCUGUCCACUGACGAUCCUCUUCAGUUCCACUUCACAAAGGAGCCUCUGAUGGAGGAGUACAGCAUUGCAGCUCAAGUGUGGAAACUGAGUUCCUGUGACAUGUGUGAGCUGGCAAGAAACAGUGUCCUGAUGAGUGGCUUUUCCCACAAGGCCAAAAGCUACUGGUUGGGCCCCAGUUAUAGUAAGGAGGGUCCUGAGAGCAACGACAUCCGGCGCACCAACGUCCCCGAUAUCCGCGUAGCGUACCGCAGCGAGACGCUGCUCGAGGAGCUUCAUCUCAUCACUCACGCUGUGCGCACAGACGAACUGGACACUAUCGAUGAGGAGGACUCUCUGACUAUGGGUCCUCUCCCGGGACAGCGUUGAAAGGAUCUGGUCUGUAAACCCCCACCCCUGCGAUCCCCUCAGCAUGACACCGACACCGAGACGUGCUGUGAGAGUAAAUCUGCCGUAUAAACACAAUCAACCAUCACUGUAGACGUAUAUGCUGCACACUGACAGCCAAAAGCUAAAAAGCCAAGGAUACAGUGCUGCCAGGUCACUUCAGCGGUUAUCGUUUUAUUUUCCCCAAUAUUUUUUAUUUGUUCCUAUCGUCCUCUUUAACAUUGCAAGUCUGAGUCAGCGUCAUGAAGGUUUGCAGAGAUCAGCAAGAGUUUUUGUGAAUGAACCGCAGGGAAACACCACGUGUUUCUCAUCCCAUCACACCCGUCACAUAAAUCCAGUCAGGUUAUUCAGGUUAUUCAGUGAUAUGUCCUCAUGAUAAUAUUUGCAGAAACACUGACAGCCAGGACAUUUCUUAACAGCACUCUUCUCUUCUUCAACAAGCCAAUCAUGCUGCCUAGUCAUUCUCAAUGCUUCUGUCAUCUCUAUCGUACUAGCGUACGGUAUAAUGAAGUACUGAUGCUGAUUAAUCUGAAUAACCCACUGGAGUUGUUGAUGGAAGUUGGACAGACCUGCACAACAAACAGACAGGUUUCAUCUUUUAAUUCACUGAAUGCUGCAGCACUGCUCAAUAGUAGCCAUGCGUUGGGUCCAGGUGUGGUUUUAGACCAUUUAUUUGCCGAAUUGCACAUUUAGUUUAGUUCUUCCGUGACUCUAAUCAGCCCAGAAAGUAAAGUACCGACUUUCUGUGGCUGACUGCAAACAUUCCUUGAAGUGAACAGGCCUCUUUAGCUGCACACAAAAUGAUUGCCUAUGCUCAUAGAAAAUCAUUGGCAUAUUUAUGUUGUUGGAAGUGAAAUGUGCGUUGUAGACUUUGAUCACAGCACAAAUAAAUGUGGAAGAAUUCUCUGUGUUACCUCACUGUGGCCACGAGGUUCCCUCCGAAAGGCCACGAUCACACUCAUUCCUUUUCCAGUGAACAAACUAGAAAGUCGUGGAGGGUUUUUCCCUUUGCAUGCAGCGCACUGUCCAUAUGCACCAAGCCAAGACUUCACAGUGCCUUUUCAUUCUCAGCGUCGAGCACUGCAUGUCCGGUCAAACCGCCCACUUUAAGUGUUGCAUUCGUUUUUCCCAGGCCGAUAUACGUUAGGCCUCUGUGCUGUGCUAACGUCCACACUGACGGAACUGAAAGCACCCGGCUGCAUGCUCGGUGUUAAGAAGCUUGUACUUUUGGCCUUUUAAGAGAAACGCUCAUUUCUUUCUAGCUCUCUGCGUAUAAGUGCAUUUUCUGCAUGCGUGCAUGACUCGCUGGCGGCAGGAGAGACUGGAUUUACAUGAAGCUGAAUGUAAAGCAUCUUGACUGAUUCAGGGCUGCCGACCAGCUUUUGAUUGACAAUCUGUUUGCAGUGAGUCAAACAGAUUUGAACAGCGUUGUAGAAAUGAGCAAACCGUGCUGGGACAUGGUUAAUACUCUUGCAUGGUUCUCGUAGCAUUUUCCUCUUGAACCCCAAAGCUGAUAUCACACGCCUCAAGAUUUACAAAUCCUCAUUACGUUAUCACACCGCACUGUCUGCCACUGGACAUCAAACUGUGGGCGUCAACGCCACCGUCAGCGCCACCGUCAAGUAGUGAUGCCAAGAAAAGAAAAGGAGAAUAAAUCAGAAAGUGUCUGCCUUUGUUUGAAUAACCAGCUGUAAAGUAUUAAGAUAUGAUAUAUAUGUGUGUUCGCUUUAUAGAUGACUAGUAUAAAAGAAGAGAAGCCAUCUUUGUUCUGCAAGAAUAAAAGUGUUAAGGGGUGAGCUAUAACCCAGAGUUGAACACGGUGGAAUACGUGAUUUCUUGUAUAAAGUGUAUUUUUUUAAAGGCAAGAUAGAGAUAAGAAAUUUUAUAUUCUCACCGUAUUGAUGUUGCGAUUUAACGUUUUAUUUCUGUGGAUUAGGAUUAUGUCAUGAAAGUAGAGUUCUUAGUGGCUUAAUCGAUCUGUUUAAGACACAAUGUUUGAUCGUCCUCUCUUAAUAUUACAGUAGUGUUUGGUUUAAUUUUCCUGGUAACUCGUUUUGUCAGGUUAAAGAAUGGUACGUUCUACUUUAAAGUAGCCAGUCACAUAAAAACUGACCUAUCUUCUACAUCGCAUCAGUAGAGUUGACUUCCUCUGGUGUCGCCUGGUGCUUAUGUAAAUUCAGUAAGCAUUUUACUUGUUCAUCUGAGCCGAACUACCCGAUGGAUUGAAAUCCAUGCUCCCCUGUCGUUGUCUUUCCGCCUAACUCUUCUUUUGAAUGAAUGUCUAAGAGUGAUCUUGUGGAUGUAACAGGAACAAGCACUCUGUUGUAACACUCACAAUCUGGGCCUUUUCCAUCCGUUCAACUUGUUGUUUACCGUUCAUUAUGUCCACCACAGACGUAGAGCGCCCUACCUCACAAACACAAAUCUCUGAUAUUGACUUUUUUGUAGCCCCGUAAUUAAAGUCAGCAGUGUCGCAUUUAGGGCAGCCGCUCAUUAUUAAUCAAUUAGUUGUUUGCUCUGUGAAGUAUUGGAAAACAGUGGAGAACUUUCAUUCUUCUUGCUCAUAGCACAAGUUAGCAUCGUACAUAAUCACAUAGUUUUGUUUGCCUGACUGGCAAAGGUAGUUAGUUUACUGUUGGAAAAAAGAAAAAAAAAACUGCCGUAUUAGUUUUUGCUUAAAAAAUGAUUUAGAAGAUCAAUAAAUGCACAGUUUGGGGUCUAUAUAUAUAUACACACUCAUAUACAGUAUAUAUAUUUGUUGGUCACCUGACUGAUUAGUCCCAGUGAGUAGUGGCCGAUGAGAAGAGACUGGACCAUCAAGGUAUUUUAAUCUUCAUGGAAGUGGCACAAAAAUAAUACUUAUUCAAACAUUGCUACUUGCUACUAACGUUAAUAGUUUACCAUCCGCAUUGAGAUUUUCUGUUAACUUGUUCAGCUUCAUUCAUUUCCGUGUACUAACUCCUAAUAUUUUUGGUUCUCAAACUCAGUAUAUGUUCAGUAUCUGUGUUUUUACGCCAUCAUUUUUAUUCUCCGUUCCACCUGUUUCCGCGUCCACUGAUCUGUAGCCUUAUCAUUGCUUGAGAUGGACUGCCACUGUUUUACAGAUUAUGUUGAGGAUCAUGUGUAAUGUCUGAACAAUGAAAUAAAGCAUGUUAAUUCACUAAA